AUGUGCACAUCACGCAUCGGCAACAAGCAUGAAGCUCAUGUGUCAGUGUGCAUGGACAGACAGCGGCACCUCUGGCCAUACUCGAGUCUCAGUCAAUCACAGGCUUUAUUUGGCUGUGAAAUUGCACUGAAUGGUCAGAAGUGCCGCUGGCUUUACGUGGAAAUGAUGUUAUAUGUGCUGAGGCAUCCCGCUGCCGCCGGCGCCUCCGUGGAAGCCCUGCGUCAGCACCUCCGCCGAAUAGACCUGUCCUUCUCGGAGCGGCUUGACAAUCCUGCAGCUCGCGGUGGGGGCUGGCAGGCUGCAGAGCAACCAGGAAUUGGUCGCCGUGCUGAGAAAGUUCCUCGAUUCACACCUUGUACCUACGCCGCCCGUCAGGAGACUCUGACGCCGAGGGCCGCCCGCGCGCCCGUAGGCCCCUCGCCCUCGGCUCCUCCGUGGCGCAGUUCGGCUGAAAUUCCCGGUCCCUUCAUUCCUGAGUGCCCGCAGAAGGCCUCGGCCCAACCCUUCAGCGACUAAGUGAAACCCUUCAACAUUAUGCA